AUGCUGGUAUCAUCAGUAAUUAUUUUCUUAUGCGCCACUCUCAUCGAGGCACUUCCAUCCAGACAAGUGCAGGUCGAAUACAUCAAGGAGUUACCGAUAGGAUGGACGCAAUCACGACUCGCCGAUCCUCAACAUCAAUUCCAACUGUCUAUAGCCGUUGAUCGAACCGAUCACGUACAUAAGGCCCUGUAUAGUGUGUCGACACCCGGCCAUGAGUUGUAUGGGAAGCAUCUUUCGAGGGAGGAGGCACAAGCCCUUCUCAUGCCUGACGAUGGGUCUCGGGAUAUGGUGGUCAGUUGGCUCUUGAAUCAGGGACGUCUCGAUCAAUCCGCGAUUGCAAGCGACGGCCACUGGAUCCGGGUUACCACUACGAUUGAGAAAGCCAACAGACUGCUAGGCGCCAACUAUUCUUGGUUCAAGCAUGCCGAUAGUGGUAAAGAGGUCUUGAGGACCCUUGAGUAUUCGUUGCCGUUGGAGUUGAAGGCCAAGAUAUCGCUAAUAUCCCCGACGACACGAUUUUGCUCGCAUCCGAUGAUGCAUCAAGGACCUCAAGCUCCCGGAAUCGACGAUGCGCUACCAUCCGACGAGCUUCGCAAGCACAAGAGAGCCUUCUCUGGGGUGACCAACGAGCCCCUGUGGAGAUCAGCCGCAGCCGUCGAUCCCCCACCGUCAGUGUCCCGAGCCCAAGUUGACGCGACGUGCAACCGAACCGUCACACCCAGCUGCGUCAGAGCACUCUACAACGUUCCUGCAAAUGUGCCUGUCAGCAAAGCUCGUGGUCUCGGUGUAUAUGCCUCGCAAAGCCAGGUCCCAAAAUUCGCAGACUUCGCCCUCUUCGCGAAGAAUAUCGACCCGCCGUCCGCCGGGGUCAACUUCUCCUUUCUAAGCAUCAAUGGCGGCGUCACAAGCCAGGAUCAGAAUCAGUUGUCGAAUGCCGAGUUGAACUUUGACAUGCAGUACACUGCAUCUCUCUCGAACCCCGUACCGAACAUUGUCACCGCCGUCGCUGGUGAUGGCCCCAUCAAGCUGGAGUUGGGAGGUCAACCUGGGGACACCACGGAGCCAUGGCUCAUCUGGCUCGAUGCCAUGCUCAAGCUUCCUGAUGAUCAGCUCCCUCAUACUAUAACCACAAGCUUUGGCGAGAACGAACAGUCCCUGCCUGACGGCUACAUUCAGCAGAUUUGCAAUCAGUUCGGUGCCCUUGGUGCUCGAGGCGUCACCAUGUUCGCUGCUUCGGGAGACUCUGGGCCAGGAAAUACUUGCGUGACCAACGACGGCACCGCCAGUACACGCUUCAACCCAGUCUUCCCCGCGGUAUGCCCCUUCGUCACCGGCGUCGGUGGAACAAAGAACGUAGCUCCUGAACAAGCGUUUCCUUUCUCGAGCGGUGGAUUUUCGGACAAGUUCGCCAGGCCAGCAUACCAAGACCAAGCUGUUCCUCCGUACCUCAAGACGGUAGGCAACAACUUUCAGGGCCUCUUCAAUGCGUCGGGCAGAGGCUUCCCAGACGUCAGCGCCCAAAGCUUCAAUGCGACGUUCUUUACCGGUGGUCAGCUUGGCGGCUUCCAAGGGACGAGUGCAGCGGCACCGAUCUGGGCUGGCACGGUUGGUAUGGUGAAUGCCGCUCUCAUCCAAGCCGGAAAACCUCCGAUGGGCUUCAUCAACCCAUGGCUGUAUGGCGCUGGACUCCAAGCCAUUAAUGACGUGAAAGUUGGUGCUUCCACUGGAUGCACGGGGACGACUGCUUUUGGAAGUCAGCAGUUCCCGCCUCAGUUUGGGGCCAAACUUGUGCCAAACGCGUCUUGGCCCACUGCUCCGGGCUGGGACGCUGUCACGGGUUUGGGCACUCCGGAUAUUGGCAAGAUGCUUGCAUUGAGGAUGGCAAUGUGA